CAUAAAGGAUGCGUUUAGAUCUCGAGUCGAAGUUGACAUGCAAUGUCCGUGAGAAUCCUUUGUCCUGUAAUCGGCCAAUCAUAGCGUACACCCUUUCCCCACACUUGACAAGUGCAGGGCGCGAUCCAAAUGUAAUUUGACAAAGAGAAGCGAAUAUUGGAGUCUACAGAUUUUCAGGUUAACCCCGAACACGGUUCAUCGGGACUAUAUAAGAUGAAUGCGCUACCUGCUGUCGGUGCACAAUCAAACGAUUGCGACACCGUCUUCACGAUGAGCACGACCAUGGCGACUGUGACAGAGGCUGUCGAGCUCCAAACCAUCUCCAAGACUAACGUACCAGAGUCCUCAAUUCGCAACGCAAGGCCAUCUGCGGACUCGGUGCGAACAGUCGGUGGACCUCAGACCGACGGCAUCUCCGAGUCGGAAUCCUCGGGCCUGUCGGCAAAGAAGACGUCGAACCUGCAAACCUUCCUCGCCAUCCUCACACCCUCCUUCGUUGGCUUUAUUGCCAGUUUCACCAAUGGAGUCAUCACAAUUGGCCUGCCUGAGAUCGCACGCUCUCUGUCACUCGACCGCUCCUUGUACCUUUGGCCGUCUUCUGUCUAUGGCCUGACAUCUGGAGCAUGCCUCUUGAUCGCUGGAUCCAUCGCCGACCUCGUUGGUCCACGACCUGUCGAGCUUCUCGGUAUCACGCUCAUUGGAGUCUUCACACUGGCUUGUGGGUUUGCAAGCACUGGCAAGCAGCUCGUCGUCUUUCGUGCGCUCCAAGGAGUCGCGCUGGCCAUGCACCUUCCAGCAUCGGUUGCAUUGAUCUCCGGAGCUGUACCGUCUGGACGAGCUAGGAACCUCGGGUUCGCGUGCCUGGGCUUCAGUCAACCACUUGGCUUUGCUGUAGGACUGGUCAUCAGUGGCAUUCUGGUCGAGAAAGCUGGUUGGCGAUCUGGAUUCUACCUGUCUGGAGGCGCUUUGCUGGUUACGGCUGUCGCAGCUGUCUGGAGCCUGCCAAAGUUGAAGAAAGGUACCCAAGAUGGGACUGUUUCACUCGUGAAAAAAAUGAGCAAAGAGAUCGAUUGGGUUGGAGGCAUGAUCUCGAGUGGUGGCCUCGCCAUACUGGCCUACGUCCUCGCCAUCCUCAGCGCAGACCUCACAACCAUCCGCUCAGCAGAAACCGCAACCCUCCUCGCUCUGAGCAUCGUCCUCCUCCUCGCCUUCCCAGCUUGGAUGCGCUACCGCGAACGCACUAACAAGCCCGCCCUCGUCCCCAACAAGCUCUGGAAAAAUAUCCCUUUCACAUCGACCUGCAUCAUGGUCGCCCUCUCUUACGGCGUCAUGAAUAGCAUCGAACUCUUUUCGUCCCUCUACUUCCAGGAAAUUCAGCAAGCUACCCCGUUGACGACAUCCCUCUAUCUUCUCCCUAAUCUCGCUACUGGUGUGCUCCUGAACAUCCUGGUGGGCACUUUUGUCCAUAAGAUUCCCGCUCUCUACCUGGUUUCUAUCAGUGCCAUCGUCUGCUCGAUGUCCCCGCUGUUCAUGGCACUUCUCAAUCCGAACUGGAAUUACUUCUACCUCGCCUUUUGGGCGCAGAUCUUCGCUCCGUUUUCGGCGGAUGUGCUGUUCACCGUUGGGUUGAUCAUCGUUAGUGACAGUUUCCCGGAAAGAGACCAAGCGCUGGCAGGCGCAGUAUUCAAUACCGUGGCCCAGUUUGGGAUGAGCUUGGGAAUGGGAACUUGUCAGGUUGUUGCGUUAGGAGUUGUUGGAAGUGACGAGAAUGGAAGUGAGGGCGGAAGUGGACAUGGUAGUAGUGCCGGCACGGAUGCGCCUAGAGAGCUGUUGAAGGGGUACCGCGCGAGCUUUUGGACGAUGUUUGGAUACAUGUUGGUCUGUGUAAUUAUCGCUGUUGUGGGUUUGAGGAAGGCUGGUAAGGUGGGAUUGAAGAAAGACUGAGCAGGAGAUGUGGUUCACACAUGCUUCACUAGACUAUGCAAACAUGCCAUCGAUCACAUUGUUUCCAGACUUUACUUCGGGGCUCAAAAU